AUGCGAAACUUUUCGUUAUUCUUCAUUAUUGACAAUUUAAAAUUUCACGCUCGCAUGAAAAGUUUGAAAAAUGAUGAGCUCAAGAUCAUCGACAAUCAACGUCUUCCAAACCCCCCAUAUAAGCCAUUCACAAUGGUUCAACCAGUUAAAUUGUCAGAAUUGAGCAACAGGAAAAGGCGUGCCAAUGAAGAAGAGGCAAGUGAAGAGUCUGAAAUUGACGUGAGCAGCACAGAUGACUCUCAGGACUCUGAUGAAGACGAAGCGGAAGAGAUCGUCAAUAUCGAUUUUGAUUUCUUCAAUGGGAACCCAGAAGUCGAUUUUCAUGCGCUCAAGAACCUAAUGCGUCAAUUAUUGGGCCCUCAGGAGAGCACUCGUGUACAGAUUAGUCAACUGGCUGACUUAAUUCUCGAAUCCCCAACUACAACUAUCAAGACCGAUGGCGAAGAGUCCGAUCCUUAUUGUUUCCUAUCCUUUGUAAACUAUAAAGAACACCGUGAUAGUGACUAUGCCAAGUAUCUACACAAGGUGGACCCCAAACUUUCAUCUUUCCUGCAAACAAUCGACGCCAACGAGAAAAAAUCAUGCGCUCUAGUGCUCAGCGAACGUUUAAUUAAUAUGCCCGCAGAAGUGAUCCCACCACUGUUCAAGAUAACCCUCGAAGAUGUCACCAAGACUCUCGGUGACGACAAACACUACGAUUUCUUCGUAAUCGUUAGCAGGAAAUACGAAGUCAACUUCGAUCAGGACAGUGAUGAUGAUAGCGACGAAGAAUCCAACAAAAGAUCUAAGAAACGUGUCAAACAAGCCGAAUUGGAUUUUUUCCAUCCAGAAGACCGUUACUCGAGAAAUACUCAAAAUUUCACCACGAUUCGUCAAGUAAAAAAGGAAAUUGUCAACUCCUAUACAAUCGUUGACCACCAGGGACUCGUCAAGAGCAUCCAGGACCUCGAGCAAGAGAUUCAAACCUGGCAAUGA